CCGCAUGUAAAGCAAGCCUAUAUACAUUAAUCGGUUCUGAACUAAACCUUAUGAGGAGUUCUACUGAUUUGAGCCAUCUUAUCAAUAUUUUAAAAAGAUAUCUGAUUAGAACAAGUUUAUCUGCUCUUUAAAGAAAGCUAUUCUGCAGGUCUUCAAUUUGAAUGCUGUGCGCAAUAUUAUAGAAAUCAGUUAGUAUAUUUUACAUUUCACCAACAUGUAUUUUGCUGCAUUCUAUUUGUUUGGAUUUUUAUUCAGCCAUAUUGAUGGUCAAGUUACCACAACUCGCGCUCCACCUCCAGGAGUAGUCGAUGCUUUAACAGCCAAUGGACAUUUCACCGUUUUCUUAGAUCUACUUCAGGCGUCUACAAUGCUGCCUAGAAUUAAUGCUUCAAACCACUCGACUAUCUUUGCUCCGACUGACGCCGCCUUUGCCAGGAUGCCGGCCGGCACCGUGGACAGCCUGAAAGCCGACAACAGCAGGCUGGAGUCCGUCAUCGGGUAUCACGUGGCACUCAACACCAGCUACCACAUUCAGCAAGCUGCCCAGCAGGACAGGAUCAUCAACUCCAGCAGCGGGCUGCCAAUUAGGGUCAACAAUUACACACUCUUACAUACGGUGACUGCUGAGGGUGUUAAUGUGACCAUCAAAAACAUCCGGGUUUACCACGGGUAUAUCCAUGGGAUUGACGGUCUCAUGACCCCACCGGUCGGGAACAUCCUUGACAUUGGCAGAACAAGACAAGACAUUUCAACCUUUGAAAGUUUGAUCACCAAGGCUAAUCUGACUCACCAGUUUACUACGGAUCACUCGACCACCUUUUUUGUACCCAACAACGACGCCUUCGCCAAACUGAGCCCACAGGUCAUGGAUUACCUGAGCACACAUACAGCGGCUCUAGCAGACGUACUGAGGUACCACUUGGUCAAGACCUACACCAUGUACAGUGCCGGCAUGCUGCACUCCAUAACCGUCAACUCAGCUGACCAGCACCACGACACUCUGAUGAUCCUAGAGGACGCGAGUGGCAACUUUUUCGUCAACAACGCCAAAAUCCAGGAGAAGGACAUCAGCUCCAUCAACGGUGUGGUACACAUCAUCGACAGCGUCCUCAUCCCGUCUAGGGUGACGGUGGCAAUAGCUGAUGCUGGCAUCAUCGUUGGUUGAGGAAUUAGUCUUUGAUUAAAGGUGUAUUAUUUGCAGUCAUCGUUAGUUGAUAAAUAAUUACAGGCAAUAAGCUUUGAUUAAAGGUGUAUUAUUGG